GUGAGUGAGUGAGUGAAUGAAUGAAUGAAUGAAUGCAGGCCCACACACACAGACACACACACGCAUGCAUUCUUGCUUACGUGCUCUACGAGGACUCUCCAUAGACGUGAUGAAUUUAGAGACCCUACAAACUGUAGAUUAUAUUUCCCCAUCGAACCUUUAGACCGAACGAUCACAUACAACUUUAGACAUUUUUGUUUGAAAUUAAAUCCCAUUUAGUAUGGUUUAAGCGAUAUGGUUUACGAGGAAACGGGAACUGUCACAUACAUGAUAUUUGUGUUGUUAUAUACACAUGAUACACACAUCAAGCGCGAGUGUGUCUGUGUGUGUCGUACACUUUUGUAUAACAACAUGGAAUAUACAUCAUACAUAUGGUUUAUUAUGGAGACAGUGUAAACACAGUCAUGUCAUGUGUGCUGCUAGAAGAUUGCUGUUAAUAUUUUUGUGUCAGAUGGUUCAGGUCUUUUGCCUUAAAAUGAGCUACCAAAGAUGAACAUAAUCAGUAUUUAUCACAUAAACAGAUGUGUGUGUACAUAUAUAUAUAUAUAUAUAUAUAUAUGUUUGUUUAUGUGAUAAAAAGGUUUUUAAAUUUCUUCUUCUCAUUUACCAUAUAAUAAAACUGCUCUACUGUAACAGCUCAUUGGUUCGAGCAUGACUCUAGUGAAGAUUGCCCAUAGUCAGAAACAAAUAUAUAAUGCAAUGUAAGUUGCUUUGGAAAAAAGCGUGACUGCCAAAUGCAUCAAUGUAAAUGUAAUAUGAAUAGAAUAAAACAUCAAAAACAACUAUGCGUUAGCAUUACCUUUAAGGGAAACCCAAAACUAAAUUUCUCCAUGUGUUACUGACCCUCAAGGCAUCCUAUUAGUAUAUGACUUGAUUAUUUCAGAAUAAUGCAGUGUGAGUUAUGAUACCAUGUAUCCUGGCUCGACAAAGCUGUAGAAUGGGAGUGAAUUGUGAAAAAUGUAAAAUUAAGAUUCCGAACCUCCAAAAAGUUCAUCCAUUGGGCAAAAAACUGCUCCACUGGUCUCUGUGUCGGUUAAUAAAGUCCUUCUGACUCGACUCUAGGUGUGUGUGUUUAAGAGGAAUGUCUGUAUUGACAACACUAUUAACAAUAAUGUCUAGGUUACAACAACCAUCUUGUUCUCGCUAGGGCUGUCACGAUUAUGACAUUUGGCUGACGAUUAAUUGUCUUAUAAAUCAUUGUGAUUAUGACGAUUCGGGGCUCUAGAGGUCACACCGGUGUGACCAGCCGCUCUAAAAGUCUCUCUUUGAUUACACAACAGACACACAUUACGCCCAUAUCGUGGUCUAAACCAAUCAGAGAUAGUGAAGGGCGGACCCCCCUCUGAUUGGCCGUGGUCCAGAUAUUCCUGCGCGUGUGUGAACCAGAGGUCGUGUAACAGAAAAUUCUCUGACAUUGACAGAUUUUUUUUACCAGUGACGGAAAUAUCUGAAGGUCGUCCGACAUUUUGGCAUAUCACAAUGAGGCCAAUUUGUAAAUCCCAGUUUCCCUUCCGAUAUGCUCGCGAAGCGACCUGCGUGUUUUCAUCUGUCAUUGUUACUGACAUAAUGUUUUCAUCAGAUGACAGAGCUCUCAGUCUGCAGCACCGCUGCUCGAUCGCAAAACAUACAAGAGAUGAUCAAAAGUCCAGACACUGCACAUGAUAAACAACGUAAAACUUGCUUCACUCAUUAUUAGUUGUUUUCAAUAAUGUUUGUUAGUUUCCUUGUGUAGUGAUAAUGGCACCAUUUUCCUUACUUUAGUUUUAUUCAGUUUAUUAAGUUCCGAGACGCAAGUACAUCGUGAUGACGUCACGAACAUACUAAUUGCCACCGUGCACCAUAGUGACGGGUAAUAAUAGAAUAUGACAGAUUUUCUACGAGCCUGUCAGUCAAAAUGACGGACAAUUAAAAGUGUAGCACAACCUAUGGUGUGUACGUUUGAAAAUGCGUGUGCUGCAGAGUGAAUUUUAUACCCCAUUAAAAUGCUAUUGGUCAUAGAAAAGCUUUAGUUUUUUCUCACUUGCAAGACUACAAUCAAAUUUGAUUUCUGUUAAUGACAUUUUGGUAGGCUGGUUUAAACGGAAUAUAAGAGAUCAGCGAAUCAUUUUAAACUUUGUCAACCACGUGGAUGUGAAUGAGUUUUGCUCAUUUAGUAAGACUGGUUUAUUUUGUUGACUAUUUUGUGAUGGAAGGUUAGUUGAGAAUGACGAAAAGUUUGGACUACAUUUGAUUUCAAACAACUUUUCUGUUGUGUUGAAUAAGGGUGUAUUCAGAUUCUACUCAUUUGCUGCGGUCCGAAGUUGAUUCUGUUGAACCCUGCUGCGUUUGUGUUGGUCUUACGUCACUCAAAAUGUGCUCUGCGUAUGACAGAAAACAGAACACAGAUCAAUAUAUUGUGUUUUUUUCAUUGGUGCUAUCGUGCAGCAGAGUGAAUUACAUUUGGGUUUACCACUUUCGCCUGAAUAAAAAAACCUUGAAUAACUCAAAAUACAUGAGUUGAUAUUAAGCGACUUAAAAAGCAGAACAAUUUGGCGCAUGUUUUACCCCUAUAGUGGGCAAUGGCUCCUUAAUUGAGUUUUUUGUCUGGAGUCCUGAGUUGGAAGAUUAUUUUCAAGAGAUGCCCGCUGGAGAGAUAAGAAAUGAUGCAGAGAAGAAGAAACAUCUUGAGCUGCAUUUCUGUUUGAGUUCAAGUGGAUGACAAAAGCUUGCUGAGAAGAUCAUCUACACUGUAAGAUUGUCAGAUAAUGGAUGUGAAUGGAAAGCUGCACCCAGAACAACAUUAAAGAAGAAGAAACUACACAAGACUGUCACUCAUACAAACACAAACCGCCAGCAGUGCUACUGACAUCACGACAGGAGAAAACUCUGCUCCUUCGUUCCGGUCACAGACUCCCAUGAAUGAAGCUACAGGUCAAAACCACUCGUCUCUACAGAUGAAAGAUCUUGAAGAUUGUGAUGAUUAUACGUCAGAGAGUUCAGAUGAGUACACUCUGUAUUCCACUUCUGAAAGUGACUGUGAUGCUGUGAAUGACGACGACGACUGUCACACAACAAUAUCAGACACAAUACACGGCCCGACAUCUGAAGUGUCCGACUCGGAAGAAGAACCCUGUUCUAGUCAAAACACAAAACAUGGCGUGGUAGUCAGUGCAUAUCAGAAACGAGAUGGCAGUCGAGUGUACAACAAGAGACAUUACUGCUUGUACUGUUGUAAGCCUUACGCCAAGAUGGCAAGGCAUCUAGAAGGUGCGCAUGCAAAUAAAUGCGAUGUGGCCAAAGCUCUGAGCUAUCCCAAGGGUUCCAAAGAGAGAAGAAAGCAGCUGGAUCAUAUCCGUAACAGAGGAAACUAUGCUCACAACGCCGCUGUUCUCAAAUCAGGGAAGGGAGAACUGGUGCCAUCUAAACGUCCAUCCAAAGAAGCGCAGGGACAAGAUUUCAUGCACUGUGCAUACUGUCAAGGGCUUUUUAUAAGAAGAGUCCUGUGGAGACACAUGCGCACAUGUAGACUUCAACCUCCAUCUGAAUCGCCUAAACGAGGAAGACGACGUAUUCAGUUCAUGUGUGCGUACAAAGAGCCCCCUCCUUCAAACAUGAGCAAACAACUGUGGGAAGUCAUGAGUGCCAUGAAUUCUGACCCAAUCACUGACGUCAUAAAACAUGACAAAGUCAUCAAAGCUGUCGGACAGCACUUGUUAAACAAGGGCGGGAUGUCGGACAAGAACAAACAGUACGUGCGACAGAAGAUGAGAGAAUUGGGAAGGCUGGUUUGCACCGCUAGGAGAGUCACCUCUUUGAAAGCAUUGAAAGAUUGCAUUCAUCCAAAGAACUACACAGAGACCGUCAAAGCUGUCAAGUAUACGUGCGGCUACGACUGUGAAAGCGACAAGUUCACCAUUCCAUCGCUUGCAAACAAGCUUGGGAAGUCACUGGUGAAAGCAAGCCAACUGUUGAAAGCUCAGGGUUUGAUCUCGAACAACAAACAGCUGGUCAAGAACACCAUCCAGUUUCAAGAGGUCCACCGGGAAAAGUGGUACGACCUGAUCUCCGCCACAGCGUUGCGAAACAUGAGGGAAGCCAAGUGUGACGUGCCCACCCUCAUGUCCUUUACCGAAGACGUCCAAAAACUGCACACGUAUGUGGGUCAGAUGCUGGACCGAUGGUACGAGUCGCUCUCUGAAAAUCCUUCGACCAAAGCCUGGAGAGAGCUGGCCAAAGUUUGUCUCGCGCAGGUGAUUCUCUUGAACCGUCGCAGGGAAGGAGAGGUGGCCAGCGUGCUGUUGUCUGCGUUUUUAUCAAGAGACACUUUCGAUCCGUAUGAAGACGUGGACUGGGCGCUAUCGGAAGUGGAAAAAGUCCUCUGCAGACACUUGUCGAGGAUUAGCGCCAGGGGUACGUGCGCUCGACCACUUCCCGUUCUUCUGACUCCAAAGAUGCUGUGUGCUUUAGAGCUCCUCGUUAAGCAGAGAGAGGCUUGUGGGGUUCUGAAAGACAACACGUAUGUGUUUGCCAGACCAGAAGCCAUGACACAUUUCCCCGGGUCACGCUGUCUCCGGGGAUAUGCCAAGGCGUGCGGUGCCACGCAUCCCAAGUCGCUCACGUCUGUCAGACUGCGCAAACACGCCGCGACCCUGUCGACGGUUCUGAACAUGACAAACUCAGAGAUGGAGCAGCUGGCCAGCUUUCUUGGACACCACUUAAGAAUCCAUCGCGAGUUCUAUCGACACCCCGAGAAGACGCAGCAACUUGCCAAGAUGUGUAAAGUUCUCAUGGCUCUGGAACAAGGCCGAUUAGCUGAGUUCUACGGCAGGAGCUUCGAUGAAAUCACCAUAAAUCCUGAUGAACCAAUUCUUGAAUGGGAUGAAAAGGACAGGAGCAUACAGCCGGGACACGUUUGUAUUGGUAAAACCACCGGGAAGAAAAACCCCUGGCAGCCCCCGGAGGUGCAGGCGGUGGAACGACACAUGAUGCACUUCAUCACCUCAUGUACUGUACCAGCCAAGAGUGACUGUGAGAAAUGUUUGAGAGCUGAACCUGAUGCUUUAAAGAAUCGGGACUGGAAGAACCUGAAAUUCUUCAUAUACAACCGCAUCACAGCUUAUAAAAGACGUUUGGAGUGCAAAUAAGAUCAAGACGACCAACUCUAUGCUAUGGCCCUGUUUCUACAUGUUUCAUGCACUUAACGCUGCGUCUAAUGAAGUAAAAACCUGUCGGAUACUGAGUGCAUGUAUUCUGAGGACAGUGCUUUUCAUUCAUCAUUGAACAAUCAUUGCAUUUGAAAUAAGCUUCACACACGGUUUGGUUUUGUCUCAGUCAGCUGUUUUGAUUUUUAACAUACAAAAUUGUUGAGUUCAUUCUCUCGCUUCCAGCUGAUUCUGUCUGGAAAUUCAAACCUUGUACAUUUGUAUGGAGCCUAAGGUGAAUCGAUAUAUUGUUUUCCUCACUAAAUAAAAGUCUCUACAAAUGAACAUCGAAAAAUUCACUAUUAGGAAACGGAUUUCUGAGGUUUCAAGCGUUGUUAUUUUUUAUCUUCACUGAAUCUGAAUCUCUCUGAUGUACACACAACUUUUCUUGUCAUCUGCAGUGUGCAUACUACACAACACAACUCAGACGACUACACUACCUUUAGUUAAGAUGACCAACAUUGAAUAAAUGUCAAUGAUCAUUUACACCUUCCACUUCAUUCAACUAGUGUGUACAUCAGGCUUCUCUAGAUUCUUGACAAGUCAUCACUUUAUUAGAAUGGGUCGUCCCAACAAGAGACAAUCACAAACUUGAUCCCCCUUGGAUAACGUGUGUGUGUGAGUGUGAGUGUGAGAGAGAGAGAGGUUAUGUGUUCUUCAGCAUGACUUGUUGUUUAUAGUGUG